AUGGAUAAGCUGAAUCUUCUUUGGUAUGAUAUCACGAUAACGAGACCGAAACAGCCGCCUUCAACCCGCUCCAGCUGCUGUCUCCUGCUGUUUACCGCUCUCCUAUCCGCCAGCCUCUGGACACGCCCCGUCGCCAGUGGACGCGUCUCUGCCGCACCUGUCGUCGUUGCCGAUGAUGACGAAAUGAUGGAAUAUGCACCAGAAUAUGAACAUCCGGAAUAUGCAUUUAGCUAUGGCGUUAAGGAUCUGCACACUGGUGACGUGAAAUCGCAAUGGGAGUCACGAGAUGGCGACGGGGUCAAAGGUCAUUAUAGCAUACUUGAACCGGAUGGUUCUAUACGCACCGUGCACUAUACAGCAGAUGCCAAAAAGGGUUUCAAUGCCAUUGUAAAGACCGUGGGCGCCAAUUCGCAUCCGAUUACAGAGACGCCGGAUGGAGAAAGUAGUCCAAAUGAUGACACGUCUCAAUCGAAGAUCAAUCAUUAUAGCAAAGACCAGGAACACAUUGUACUGAGCUCCGAUAUAAAGCCACUAAAGAAGCCAAUUGAGGAUCUAACGCACUCACAUCCCAGGAUUCCCAGUCUGAUUGAGUUCAAGCCGCAUGCACGGAUAAAGCAGGUGCCCAUGGAACUAGAGCCGGAUAUAAAAAACCGACUUCAGCAGGCUAGGGACAAUUAUUAUAAGGAAAUUGCAGCAGCACAGAAACUUGAAGAUUAUUCUCAGAAACUGCAACCCAAUUAUGCGGUACAGGAGAGCGACUGGAAGGCACUGAUUGUCAAUGAGCCCAAAGAGUAUCGACCGCACUACAGCACAAGUCAGCCCCACCAACAUCCCUACUAUGAGCACUACAAGCCCAAGGAGUUGCCUCAGAACUAUCUGCAUAAGCCAUCAGUGCCUCAGCAGGCAUUACAUACGAGUUAUUCACCCUCAAAGUCGCGACCCAGCAAUCCCGAGCCGAUCUCCAAUCACAUACACCAGAAGAAGAUUGUCCACACCACCCCCGGCCUGAAGCACUACAAGUAUAAGGGCGUCACCAAGAGCUUUGCCCGUCCCGAUUACUCCAGCUACUUCCAGCGCAAGCCCAAGAAGCUGCACUCCAAGCCAUUCGCGCCCAAUGAGCGACCACGUCGUCCGGAGGGUGCUGGACCUGUGCUCUUUCCAGAACUCCUAGAAGAUGACUACGAGGAGUUCUCCGACGACGAACAAGGAGUCGCCUCCGCCAGUCUAGUUCAGUCCAUGGUGCGACGGGACAAAAAGCAUAUGGUGCCCAUGUACGCCGGAGGACACCUCUUCUCAGCGGCCAAAUAUCGGAAUUUGGAGGGGGUGUAA